UUGACGACUUGAAAAGCAAGAGUUAAAAGCUAAAAUUGAUUCUAAAAAGGGGCGCAAAAGCUUGUUUAAGUAUUCUAAACUUUUAUAAUGCUGACAGGGAAUAUGCCAACAGCAGGCACCUGGAAGGUUCCAUUUAAAGGUAAAUUCGGUCCUUACGAUAGGGACUGUCAGAGAUUGGUGCCUGCUUUCUCGGUACAGUCCAGGCAAAGGGGAACCUCUGUGACACCGCCUCCAUCUUGCUCUGCUUUCAAGCCCAGACAGGCUCCCAGAACUACAUUUCGUCAGUCCUAUGAGAGAGGAGAUUUUCCGUUCUCCAUGAAACAAGAUGGCCGCGGGAAUAGAAUCUCAUGGAAGGUUCCGCUUGAAUCACUGGACUAUCACUACUACCUGCCUCUUUUCUUCGACGGACUGAGAGAAAACCAGCAUCCAUUUGUUUUCUUCGCUGUUCAAGGUAUAGAUGACCUACUGGCUAGAGGAGGAGGGAAGAAGAUUUUACCUGUUCUUCCACAACUCAUUAUUCCGAUUAAACUUGCUCUGAAUACCCGGAAGGAGGAUGUAAUGUGUCGAACUCUGAAAGCUCUGCAGAAACUUGUAAAGAGUGCAGAUUAUAUUGGACAGGCAAUAGUUCCUUACUACAGACAACUCCUUCCAGUCUUUAAUCUCUUCAAACAGAAAAACUUGAACUCCGGCGAUGGAAUAGAUUAUCAUCAACGAUUUGGUGAAAACAUAGGAGACCUAAUACAGGAGACCCUGGAGCUACUAGAGAGACGAGGUGGUCCGGACGCUUUUAUCAAUAUUAAAUAUAUGAUCCCGACCUACGAAUCAUGUCUUCUUAGAAAGUGAAGAAAAAAAACAUUUAAAAAGUUAAAAAAUGUUAAUUGUCAUUGCACAAGUGUCUUUAAGCGU